AUGUUAAAUAAUUCAACGUCUGCAAACAAAUUCAAACCCGUAAAACAUGUGGUAAAUAAUUUAACGUCUGCUCAAAAAAAUGAACUCACAAAACAAGUGGUAAAUAAUUUAACGUCUCCGCAAAAAAAUGAACCCGCGAAACAAGUGGUAAAUAAUUUAACGUCUGAUCAAAAAAAUGAACCCGUGAAACAAGUGGUAAAUAAUUUAACGUCUGAUCAAAAAAAUGAACCCGCGAAACAAGUGGUAAAUAAUUUAACGUCUGAUCAAAAAAAUGAACCCGUGAAACAAGUGGUAAAUAAUUUAACGUCUGAUCAAAAAAAUGAACCCGUGAAACAAGUGGUAAAUAAUUUAACGUCUGUGCAAAAAAAUGAACCUGAGAAGAAUGUGCCAAAUAAUUCUCAGGCAACCGAGCGCAACAAU